AUGUCUCGGCCACAGGACGAUAGGAACCAGGAGGCCACAGUAUACUUGGGAAAUCUAGAUGAAAGGUGUACAGAUGCGCUCGUAUGGGAGCUAAUGCUGCAAGCAGGUCCAGUAGUCAAUGUACAUUUACCGAAGGAUCGCAUUUCCAUGGCACAUCAAGGCUACGGUUUCUGCGAGUUCUUGACCGAAGAGGAUGCGGAAUACGCUUGUAAGAUAAUGAAUCAAAUAAAAUUAUGGGGCAAACCUAUCAGGGUCAACAAGGCCUCCUCUGACAAAAAGCAACUUGAUGUCGGCGCCAAUCUGUUCAUCGGAAACUUGGACGACAAUGUGGACGAACGGUUGCUAUAUGACACCUUCAGCGCGUUUGGAGUGAUGGCAACAACUGCCAAGAUCGCUCGCGACCCGCAAUCGGGUAAAUCCAAGGGAUACGGUUUCGUCUCGUACACCGAUUUCGAGUCAUCAGACGCGGCGAUCGAAUCUAUGAAUGGCCAGUUCCUCAUGAAUAAAGCUAUCACCGUACAAUACGCAUUCAAGAAAGAAGGCAAGGGUGAGCGGCACGGAACUGCUGCCGAGCGUCUUCUCGCCGCGCAAGCACGCAAGAACAAUGCUCUUCCCGUCACAGCUCGUCCUCCUCCUGCACCCUUAGCAUUCGGGGCGCGCCCUCCUAUGCCCGGCUUCCAAGGUCCAUAUCAAGGGCAAUUUGCUGGUGUACUGGCACAGCCUCCGCCCCCUCCAGGAUUCACGCCGCAGCAAACUCUUGGUCCAGGAAUGCCGGGCAUGCCGGGCAUGGUGCCUCCGAUGAUGGGAAUGCCACCACCUCCUGGUGGUAUGCCUAUGUACAAUCCUGCGCAAGGAUAUCCUCCUCCUCCCCCACCUGGCUUUGCUCCGCAAGGGAUGCCUGGCAUGAUGCCCAUGAUGCAACCUGGCCCGCCACAGCAAGCAUACCUAGGAUAG